AUGUCUGAAGAGGAAAUCACUGCGGAGUUGAAGGAACAGGCGGUAACAGCAGUUAAACGCUUCACAAUAAAGAAAGAUGGUAUCACUGUAAAUACCAACACGUAUCUCAUGACAUUUGCUCGUUCCACCCUUCCAGCAUCAAUCAAAGCAGGUUAUCUCAAUAUCGGAGUGGAGGUGUAUGUCCCCAAUCCUCUCCGAUGCUACAAAUGUCAACGAUUCGGCCAUGGUUCCAACUCAUGUCGAAACUCUGUGGUUUGUUAUCGUUGUGGUGACAACCACGAGAGCACUGACUGCAAGAAAGACUUCAGAUGCUGUAAUUGCGAUGGCACCCAUGCCGCAUCAUCAAAAUCUUGCCCUGUAUGGCAACGAGAAUCUAGCAUCAUGAAAUUGAAAUGCCAUAAUAACAUAUCUUACCUGGAGGCAAAGAAGCUAUUUACAACACAGUCAAUAACUCCAUCGAUGGUAACUUAUUCUGCAGCAGUGUCUCGAUCUAUGACAACGUCAUCUGUAUCUUGUCAAACCGACUUGACUUGGAUCCGGACUGAAAAACCUGUUGCUUCAGCCGCUCCACCAAAAUCCCCAGUCACUCAGUCAACGUCUGCAUCUCAGACAGAGAGUCAGCCUGAGAUACCCUCACAGAUGUCUAUUAAGCAGCCAGUUCCUAUUAACUCAACAAAAGGAAAGCACAAAGGAAAAAAACAGAAUAGAAAAGAAUCAAUCACCAUCCCUUCAUCUCCAGAGGUUACUUUACAGAACUCCUUUGAAUCUCUUGACAUGGAGGUUACUCUGUCCUCCCAGGACAGGCGGAAAAAUAGUUCCUCCUCACAUUCACGUGAAAGAUCGCCCAUUGAACCACCAUGA